AUGACAAGUAGUAGUAACUCAAAUUUCUACAUUCAACAACCUUCAAUACCACUUUUUCAUGGAGAAAAUUAUGAUUUUUGGGCCAUCAAAAUGAAGACCUUGUUCAUGUCACAAGAUGUAUGGGAGAUUGUACAAAAUGGGUAUGAUGAAGUUGAAGAUACAUCAACUCUAGAACAACCCCAAAAGUAUUUACUUAAGGAGAGUAGAAAGAAGAAUACAAAAGCAUUCAUGUACAUUCAACAAGGAGUUGGAGACACUAUUCUACCAAAAGUAAUCCAUUUUCCUAUAGCUAAGGAAGCUUGGAAUAUCCUUCAACAAGAGUAUGGAGGUGAUAAGAAGGUAAGAGAAUUGAAAUUACAUUCAUAUAGAAGAGAUUUUGAGAAUCUUAAAAUGAAUGAGAAUGAAUGUUUGAAUGAGUUUUCUUCAAGAGUAGUUGAAGUUGUUAAUAAUAUGAUGAUGUGUGGUAAGAUGAUGGAAGAAAGAAGAAUUUGUGAGAAGAUAUUGAUAUGCUUGCCGGAGAAAUUUGAACCCUUUUUGGUGGUUUUGGAAGAGACUAAAGAUUUCUCAACAUUAAAGUCACAAGAGUUAUGGGCAUCCUUGAAGGUGUAUGAGCAAAGGUUGUUAAGACACUCUGAAAAGUCAAUUGAGAUUGCUUUCCAAUCAAAAUUGAGCUUGAACUCAAAAAAUUCAGCAACAAACAAAAAUGAGUACAAGGGUGAAUCAACAUCACACUUCAAAGGAAAGGGAAAAUGGAAGAAAGGAGGAGCAAAUUCCAACAACUACACAAAGAGUGAUUCGUCUCAAAGUGAAGCGUGGUUUAUAGAUAGUGGUUGUACAACUCAUAUGUCCAGUGUGAAGAGCUUAUUUGUUGACAUGGAUACAUCCAUAAACUCUCUAGUGAAGAUGGGGGAUGGAAACAUGGUUCAAGCUAACGGAAGAGGUACAAUUUGCGUGCAAACUAUCAAUGGAGCAAAAUACAUUAGAGAUGUGUUAUAUGUUCCGGAUUUGGCACAAAAUUUGCUUAGUGUUGGGCAACUUGUGGAGCUUGGGUAUGCGGUUAAUUUUGAAGAUGGAUAUUGCACCAUUUAUGACAAGAAGCACAACAACAAGAGACAAGUCAUGAAGAGUAUCAAGAUGGAGAAAAAUAGAAGCUUUCCAAUAAUCUUUGAAAAGGAGAAGAAUGUUCCAUUGAGGAUGGAAACCAUUGAUGAAACAUGGUUAUGA